UACAUGUGUUACAUGUGUUAUUGUGUUCAAAAUGGUUGGUUCCAGUGUUGGAAAAUUGAGCUGUUGUAUGGAUGUAGAAAGGCAAACUUGAGCGCGUUCACUUUGCUGAUGUGGACGUGAGCGUCAUUACGCGCUGAGAAAGAAUGUGCCAAACGCACUCGCAGCUACUAGAACGUGCUCUUUUUAAACAUUUCUGUUGUAAUGGAUAAAACAAUCAAGCUAUUUAGCCGACUUUGUCUCAACUGUUUUUCACCGUCCGAGCAGCCAUCCUCCUCCGAUUCAGUUAGAAUAGCGAUGCACCUCCGGAGCCAGUCUCAAAUGCGAAAUGACGAGCUGUACAACGCCAUCCACACGGGUGACGCAAGCAGAUGCAAGGAGCUACUGGCGAUGGGUGCUGUCAACCUUCAGGAGGGCGACUACUCCAGCAGUCUUCCACGAGACGCCGUCAAGACCACGCUGCCCCUGCAAUUCGCCGUGAUGCACCGCCAGCCAGAAAUCGUGAAGAUGCUCCUCCGGCAUGGUGCCGACCCUGACUGGGUAGACAUCGAGGGGAAGACGGCCAUCCACACCUUGAUCUUAUACUGGCCGAGAUGCGUCCCGAAGGACGACAGUCAACUGUUCUCCCAGGAGGUCGCAGCGUACCGACAGUACCUGCGAGCCGUAGACCUGAUAUGCAUCAACACCCUCCGAAGGCUAUGCGCCUUCGGGAGCAGUCCAAAUGCCCGUGACAACCGCCAGCAGUCGCCGUUGCACUACUCCGCCAGGUACGACAUCCCCGGAGCGGCCAAGAUGCUCUUGAGUUACGGUGCCUUCAAGGAUGCCCGCGAUAUUGACCGCAAAACACCGGCGAUGCUGGCGGCAGCGAUGGGAGAAGCCUGCCUUGCGGUGCUUCUCGAAGCCAAAGCUGACGUCCAUCUUACCUGUAACCGAGGCAAGACGGCGCUCCACUACGCUGUGGAGUCUCGUUGCCCACAACAUAAGAGGGAGGCUUGUGUCCGAAUGCUGCUCUGGCAGGGAGCUGAUCCAGACGCCACAGACAGCAACGGUCAGACGCCCCUCCACGCCGCUUGCAGAACGGCCGAUGAGUCCGUCAUCACAUGCUUGCUGCGAGCGGGAGCAGAUGCCGACAUCCGGGACUCUACCGGCAUGAACCCUCUCCACGCGCUCUUGGAGAACCCACACAGCCGUCCACUCAACAUCAGCGCGGUUCUAAAGCUCGCAGAUGCCACACUACGGUAUGGGUUGCCCGACAAGGAGAGCCUCCCCGCCUUACUCACCCUUCCGGGGUCAGAGCCUCUCCGAGAGGCGCUUCUCACCUGUAGAACUCCCCCGCCGCUCCAGAGACUCUGCAGAAAGGUACUCCGCUUUCAACUGAUUUUCGCAUCCUCUUAUGAAGAUGAAAUAGAAGACAACAUCGCUAGGCUACCCCUUCCUAAAGCCUUGCAGAGAUUUUUGGUACUGGAUCGUACAAACCCGAUCUGGCAAAUAUUACUUGGACAAUGCAAGUUCGAAUAAGUGGUAGGCCUAAUCAUCACUGAUCACUCCCGAUGUAGCUUCCCCUAUGAGAUCAGUAGACGCUCCAUGGGUCAUUUGUGAUGCUUUCACUCUGAAACACUGCCAAGUAGAAACAGCGCCCUCUACAGUACACCUUAACGUCUGAAGCGUUGGCCGACUCGAACGUGGGUCGGCUGCUCGAACGCCGAGAACGAACAACCGGUUAUUGCUGGUAGUUAGUGACAAGCAAC